CCGACGUCGUGCAGCGCGAAUCGGUCCGUCGUCGCUCCGUUUUGUGCGUGUCGCGCGGUGUGCUCUCCGCGACAUGCUCGCCGUUCUAGCCGCUCUAGCCGCGUCGACGUGGGUUUCGCCUUGACUCGAGCGACCGCGAGACCCAAGGUCCGCGCGCGCGCGCGCGCGCGAGAAAGAGAGAGAAAGAGAGAGAGAGAGUUCGAAGCCGAGGUCAGUCUGGUCGGCGGCAGUGUGGUUCGCGGACGUUUACGCGUGUGUGUCGCCUGUCGCGUCGAGAGGCAUGCGGAGCCCCGCUGAGCCUCCCUUUUCUCGCCUUUCCCGAAGCGAGCACGUUGCGCUGGCCCGAGUGUUAACGUUUCACGUGCGACUGUACGCCGCGUUUCAGUGAGCUUGGAUCAUCCUCCCCGGGGAAGACGCACUCGAAUCGAUCGUGGAUUCCGCCGAGACGCGGGACGAGGGUUGAAAUGUGUUUGCGAUCGAGGAGCGACUCCACCAGGAUCGCCGUCGAUUCGACAUCGACUCGGAAAGGACCGAGAUUCGAGCGCACCCGGAACCUGAGAGCGCAGUAGAUCAACAGGCUCGCGCCGCGCGGAAAUCUCAUCGAUCCAUCGCCUCGUGUUUCGCGAUCUCGAUCGAAGAAACGAGAGAUUCUCUCGGGUAUAAUCGAGAUAUGCGUCGAGCGUCAUCGAUCGAGCCGCGCGGAUCCGUGACCCCGUGAUCUUUGAAUGGAUCGGCGCCGAGCGAGAGGUGCGUACAAACUCGCGCCGUCUCAUUGAUCGAGAGUUCGGUCCACUCGAAGAGAGAAGCGAGGAGCGAAACAAUUUGCGGGCGCGUUCGCGGUGGUCGACGAGAGCACGAGAGAGGCAUAGCGCGGCACGGCGGAGUGCGUGCGUUCCCGAGAUCGAUAGCCCGCGGAGGAGGAGAGGACAGGACGAAGGAUCCUCGCGAACGGCCCGUGGACACCUGCUCGCGAUGCCGUCGCGCGUCGCUGCGUCGCUGCGCGGCGCGCCGUGAGGACCCGUGUGUACACCGUGCGUGAGAGGAGGAGGAGGAGGAGGAGGAGGGGGAGCCCGUCGCCGUCGUUGUCGUCGUCUAGUGAAAGAUAAAAGGGAAAAUAAAAAAUAGUGCCGUUUCUCUCGCGCGCCAGGAUCUAGCGGCUGAUCGAUUCAACCUACGCGGCCUACGCAUGCCGGCGAUAGCGGUUUCACCAAAGUGCCGGAAGAACUCCGGUGCCAGGAUUCAAUAGAGCGCCGUACAGCCGCUCUUUCCGUCUCUAUUUCGCCGUUGGAAACCGUCGGUGGGCUCUCUGAGCCCACCCUCUCAUCGGUCAAACUGGCGAGCGCGUUAACCGCUGGCAUGAACCCCCACCAUCCGGGCCAUUCCGCAGCCUACCCUCACCAUCCCUCGCUCUCGAGCAGUCCGCAUCAUCCGGGGCCCGGCGGGCCGCAUCACGCAUACGGAACCGGCGGAAGAGGCGGCGGCGGCAGCGGGGGCGGUGGCAGCGGCGGCACGACGACUACCCCCGACUUGCCCAGCCCGCAUUCACCCCCGCAUGCCGGCGGUGCCGGCGAUCCCGCCACCCCCUAUGGCGCCCUGCAGCCCGGACAGGGCAUGGGCAGCAACGGGCAUCAUCAUGGUGGCGGCGGCAUGAUGCCGGAUCAUCCGCAUCAUCCCGGACACCCCCAUCCGCACAUGCCGGGACAUCCCGCGUAUCCACCGGUCAAUCACAAUAAUAACUGCACGCUCAAGCAAGAAGGCGGUCCAAGCGGGUCAACAGGCCUUCGGCAUUGCGCCGGCUGCGGUGUACAAAUAGUGGAAAGAUGGCUGUUGCUAGCGAUGGAUCAGUACUGGCACAUUGGCUGCCUCAAGUGCACGUAUUGCCAAGUGGUAUUGGGGGAAAUCGGCCAGUCCUGCUACACCAAAAGCGGCAUGAUUCUCUGCAAGGCCGACUACAGACGGAUGUUCGGUAGCGGUGGCGUCUGCGCGAGUUGCGGUAACGCAAUACCAGCGAACGAACUGGUCAUGAGGGCCGGCGAAUCGGUAUUUCAUCUCAAAUGUUUCAACUGCAAUAAAUGCGGCGGCCAGCUCGUCUCUGGCGACAGAUACUACUUGCUAUCGGGCUCGCCAGUCUGCGAAUCCGACUGGCACAAGAUUGUCAAGUCGGGUGUCACGGCAGCGGCAGCCGCGGCGGCUGGCAACAGCGGCGCACCUGUUAGGAAAGGUAAGGUCGGCAGGCCUCGAAGGAGCCGCGAAUGAGGUGGCAACCCGGUCGGUCGCCCGAAAAAGGUGCAGCCUUCUCCGCAGCCGACGCCCCCCGUCGUCGUACCUUCGCCUCAGGUCGAUGUCGUGGACGUCGCCGUCGGAGUGGAUCCCUAUUCGCCGCCUCCGCCGGGUCAUCAGCAUUACCACCAUUAUCAUCAUCACCACCACCAUCAUCAGAUGGCACUUGCGCAUCCGAGUCUGGCGGCCCAGCAAUCGCACCUGCAGGCGUCCGGCUAUCAGGAUUGGUCGCCCUGGACCCAGGAUACCUGCGAUUAAAGCUGCUGCAUCGCAGCAGAAUCGAAUCCCAAAGGACAUCGCGAUGAAGAAGAAGCCUACCCUAUGCGUUGCGAGUCCGGGCUUUCCAGGGGAAUCGCAAGAAUAGAGCCCACGUAGCCGUCCCUUGGGACCGCCGUCGGUGACUCUAUCGGUCGAGUGUCUCCGAUAUACUUGGCGCCGUGAUUUUGAACGCGUUUGAACAUGCCGCGGCAGCCAAAUGUCUCCGAACAUGGUUUCGUGGUGUUAAAUAUACAAUAAUUGAACUUGCCGCGGAUAUACCGAGCGAUCUCUGCGCUCUGACGAUGUUGACAUGGCGAGUGUGUAUGAACUUGUUACGGAUGCCGAUCAUUUCUGGCUCAAUAUCACAUCUUUAAAUUUUAAGCAUUCGAAAUUGCAAGAUAUCUCUAUAAACUUGACACGAACGCCGUUUUCAUUUUACGGUACAUGUUUUUUAAUUCAAUAUUGAUAAACUGAUAAAAUUGCUUAAAGCGUUAAUCCUCGCGAAAUAUUGCAGCAUCUAAAAAUUAAAUAAUGCUCAAGUUAAAUUAGCAAUUUAAAACAUCACUUUUUGAGAAAUAAAAAUAUACUCUCUAUGCAUCUGCGACAAGUUGAGACACCCGAUAUCGCAGAAACACCACCGUCACGAAUCCGCCGGUUUUCUUAAUAAUAAUCUUUGCUCAAUUGUAAAGAAUCGAAGAAAGUCUAAAGUAUGCACGACUCAUCGUGCAUGUACCAUCAGUCGCAGUAUAAUGACGUCAAUUUUCUUCUUUAAAACCCUUCACAGUCAUCGUAUUGCGAUAAUCUCGACAAAUGAUGUGGAAUGUAGAAUUCGUUGAAUGGGCGCACUCUUUCACGUGUUUGUGAAAUAUAUCGAAAUAGCUCUUUCUAUGGAUAUCAUUCUCAAAAUCGCCAGAUUAUUCCGAUAUCAAGAGUCUGCUUCAUUUUUUUAUUUCUGAAUGAUUAAGAGAUUAUUUUCAACUUACCAUUUUAUAUCUGAUAUGUCAGUUAUUCUUGAAUUUUUGCAACAGGGCAUUUAAUUUUUUGUUGUCGCUACUUUAAAGGCAAUACACAUCCCUAGAAUGGCAUCGCGUACUAAAUCCGACAUGUGCGAUCGACGAGAAUCUAAUCACGCGAGAAAGACAGAUGGCAAUCGGAAGAGAAAAAGAAAGAGAGAGGAAGAGAGAGAGAGAAAGAGAGAGAUAAUUCAACGGAAAUCGAACAAGAGAAACGACGAUGGCGCACAAGUUCUGUGUGAACCCUUAGAAAAUUAUUUUUCUUUCAAAAUCAUCAUUCCCGUCGAUCCGUCGCUACGCUUCGUAAACUCAUUAGGCGUCCCUUGUUCCCACCAUCGUUAAUUGAGUGUCGAGGUGAAACGAACGACACGGAAUUAUCAUUCGAAUCCUUCUUGUUAGGCAUCAGCGUCACUUUGCCUGUCUCUUUCUCGCUCUUAUUCUCUCUCCUUCUUUCUAUCUAUUUCUCUUCUUUCUCUCUCCGUUUCGCCCGUGCUUCUACUCUCUCUUUCUUUCUCGAGAAUUCAUUUUCAAAGUCAUUUUCAAAGUAACAUAAUCAACUGAGUCUAUUGUAAAAGACGAAAUUCGUUCUUCGCUGCAGAGUGUCGAUUUCUGACACAUCCGGAUCAAAUGUAUUGUAAGUGUAAUCGUAAGUACAUUACGAUAUGUUACAUGUAGGGUGGAAAAUAAUCGAUGUCGUUCUCGAGGAAAGAACAAAGCUCAAUUGUCACGAAAAAUAUUUCUCGCGUUGUUUAGCGAAAUCUACGUUGAUGCAUUGAUUGUUAAAGUUGGAUACGCAAAUACAAUAUAAACGAACAGAAACGCAUUUGCUGAUCGUAACAUUAUAAUUUCGAAAGAAGAAAUUCCUUCGAGUUUAAUUAAAAAUUUUUUUUCUAUCACAGUUCUUAAAUCCUUGGCAUUUAUUUGCGAAUUUUUUUAAAGAGCAAUCAUGUGUCACUGGCACAGACGGAUGUAAUGUUUGCAACAAUUAUGUACGUUGUUAUACAUUAGUGCAAUUCACGGCAAGCAAAAAAUGACAUCGACCUAACGCAUCGAAGUACGAAGGAUUCACCAGCGGAAUUUCAACGCAAAAUGUAUCACAAAAGCGCAAAGUUGUUCUAUUACUCGUUUCAUUCGUCAAAUACUCUCGUUUUAAUUAAUGACCUCGCACGCGUCGCGAAGAAUGCCAAUUAAGAAUCCUUUACAUCCUUGGAGAAAGUUUACCGAGACUUGUUGCGGGUUAAUGUACCGCGUAAAUUAAGCCGCAAAAUCGUGCGCCGAUAAAUUUUUCCGAAUGAAAACGGCGUGCGCUUGAGAAUCAUGUGACAUUAUGGAUUCAGACUCUUCAAUGAAGCGCUCGGAUUGCGGUAAGAACAAUCACUAGUCGACGCCGCCAAGGAUCAAAAUCUGAUUUCUGUCUAACAUGACUCUGUGGGCAGCGACGCUGACGGAGAAAGUGAGAGAGAAAAGUGGUGUAUACAGAGGUGUACAAUGUAGGUUGAAUGAGGAGUCGCGCUGGAUGGAUUUUAUAUCAAGGAUGCACAAACUUUUUCGGCAUCGACUCGAAUAAAUCAACAUAACAUUUGCGACAAAUUUUUAACCGUGGAUGUGCACGAAUAGAUAAAUAAGAAAAAAAUAAAUAAUAUUUGCGAUAUCUUUAUUUUUAAAGCUCUCUCUAUCUCCCUCCUCUCUCUUUCUCUUUCUCUCAAAUGAUUUAUAUAAGUUCUAUUAUUGAUUAGAGAAUAUAUUUUUAUCCUCCCAGGUCAGACUGAGUUUAAUUGUCAUUUAUUCUCGCUUCUUUCAUCUUGAAUCGAGCGUCUCGGCUCGAGCCGACAACACUAGAUUCGAUCCGAAGUUUGUGCAUCAUUGGAUUGUGUAAUUUAAUCUUGUAUAUAUAAGGUACAUUUUGUAUAUUGUUAAAAGUUUGUGUGAUAUAAAUGGUUAUGUAUUUACUAUCGAGCGCGAACGGCGAAUGGGGCUUCCGCGCGAUUAUUCUACGGACGAUUAGCCGACGUGCGCGACGUGCCAUGUGGUUUUUCGUGGUCCUGCAUCGCCAAGUGCGUCGCAUGCAGUGGCGCCUUCCAUCUGCCUUCUGUCGACGAAGAUAGAAACGCAAAAGAUAAUUUGAAAUCAUCAUCGGCUCUCCUUCCGAUCAAUUUUUCAAUGCCAAGUAAUCGCUUCGUCAAAUUAUUUGCCCCGAAUGUAACGCGAAUAUAUAAAAAUUUUACAUCUCAUAUUUUCAUUCGUCCAACAUUUCAUUGACACGUAAUCUCUCAUCUCGGGCUGAUGUAAUCUCUCGUUUCAAAUUGAUGUACAAUAUAAUAUUUUACAUUCGCGAUCGCAAAUUUUCACGAGACUCACUCGCCAUCAUAUAAUUCUCGAAUCAUUCGUAAUUUCGAAAUAUUGUUGCGCAAAAGCCCGACCCGAGUCGAUUUGCAAAAAAACGAUUUUUGCUCUUUCGAUUCACGCAAACGAGAGAAGCAAGGUCCGAUUGUCGGAGACGAAGGACGAAUUAAGAAACGUCCGGCACCGUUUGAUCUCCGAUAAAUCGAAUCGCAAUGUUGUAAAAUCUGCCCUGCGUAUCGCACUUGGCAUUCGGCGGGCCCACGGAAAUGGAGCGAGCACCGGAUGUCCCUCUGGCCGAGAAUGGCACGCGCGCGGACCGCGGAGCCGGUCCCAUGCGCGCGUCUAGUUAAUUUUGUUAUUUCAUUU